AUGGAUAUUCAAAGGCAUGAGCAUAGGAGGAAUGAUCAUGAUACAAGGUAUAUUGAGUGUAAACCGUGGAGUGACUUUGUAUUGGAGAAACAAGCAUCAGAAAUAUACACCCAAACAAUUUUUAAGGAUAUUCAAAUUGAAAUUGAUGCUGCUAUUACAAAGUGUAUGUCAAAGUCUGUUGAUACUGUGGGUGAUGUUCAAUAUUUUGAAAUAAAGGAUUUCAGACAGCCAUGCACAUCUUUUUUCAAGGUUCAAUACAGCAAAGAAGAAGAUGGUUUAAGUAUAAAUUGUUCUUGCAAACGGUUUGAACAAUUUGGUAUAUUGUGCCGCCAUAUAUUUUACGUAUUACGGAAUAAUGAGAUUGAUAAAGUUUAUAGAGAGAUUGUUGUUGCAAAUGAGUACGUGGUUAAUAGGCUGGUUGGCGAUUUAGAUGAAUUGUGUCGUUACAGGGAUCAUAUUAAAAGUUAUAUUGAUAAAGCGGAUGAGGUUAUGGUUGCUGCGCCGCCUCCUACUCGCAAAGAAAGAUUUGCUGAUAUUGGAGGGAACAUAGAGAAAUCUAAUUCUAUGAUUCGUGUCCCCAUCAAAACAAGGACCAAAGGAUGCGGUGUACAAAAAAGGAUCAAGUCUAAUCGUGAGAUUGCAAUUCAGAAAUCAUCAAAGAUCCAGAAAUCGUGCCGUGUUUGUGGUGGAAAAGGACAUAACAGUCGAACAUGUAAAGAUAAGGUUUCUUCUAAUGCUAUAGGUUCUAGCAAUGGAAUUUUGUUUUGGUUAAUUGCGUUUUAUGAUAACAACAAUAUAUUUGAUCUUUACCAUAUACUUUAUAUGAUCAUACACAAAAUUAAACAAGAAAUGCAAGUGGAUAUAAUAAACAUUGCGUUAUAUAGAUGA